AUUUCUUCUUCUCUAAACCAUAUCAUAUCCCACCUUCCCCCCACUCACACAAUGUGUACCAUGGAGCAGAUGAUGAUCAACAAGAAACACACACACACAUGUUCCCCAACCACAAAACCCCUCACCAUGCACAAACACUCUCACAUCAUCUCCAAAAUCAAACCCAAGAUUCGCAUAAUUCACAUAUUCGCACCAGAGAUCAUCAAAACAGAUGUCGCAAACUUCAGGGAAUUGGUCCAAAGGCUCACCGGAAAACCAACUGAGAAGAAGAAACCGAAGACAAGAAAACAACCCCAUAAAAGAUCGAAUCUUUUGCAGGCUGGAAUGGAGGUGAGGGAGAAGAUCAAAGGGGAGGAAGAUAUAUGGGUUGGAGCGAAUUCUGGUGGAGGAUUCUUGGGUGGAUUUGGUGAUCUUGAUGGAUUCAUGCAAGAGUUUAACAAUCAUAAUCAUGGGUUCGCAUCAGUUCAACAAAAUCUUGAUACACCACCUGCUACUUUGGUUAAUUCUCAUCUGGAUUAUGGUUUUGGGGAAAGAUCAUUCAAUUUGCCUACCUAUAGCUAA